CACUGAUGCUUAAUUUCGCUUUCUGUACUCAAAAACCCUAGAUCACCUCCCUCCUCCUCUCUCCAUCCUGCCUCCGCCACCAGAAAUGGCCGCGGCCCGCCCUCUGGUCUCCGUCCACAACCUUGACUCCGACAUGGCCACCGACGGCGCCACCAACACCCUCCCCUUGCCGGACGUCAUGAAAUCCUCGAUCCGCCCCGAUAUCAUCACCUUCGUCCACACCAACAUGUCCAAGAACAGUCGCCAGCCCUACGCCGUCUCCAAAAAGGCCGGCCACCAGACCUCCGCCGAGUCCUGGGGUACCGGCCGCGCCGUCUCCCGUAUCCCCCGUGUUCCCGGUGGCGGCACUCACCGCGCCGGCCAAGGUGCCUUCGGAAACAUGUGUCGCGGCGGCCGCAUGUUCGCUCCGACGAAGAUCUGGCGCCGCUGGCACCGCCGCAUCAACGUCAACCAGAAGCGCUACGCCGUCGCCUCCGCCAUCGCCGCCUCCGCCGUUCCCUCCCUCGUCAUGGCUCGCGGCCACAGAAUCGAGUCGGUGCCAGAGAUUCCUCUCGUUGUUAGCGAUUCGACUGAGGGAAUCGAGAAGACCUCUUCGGCAAUCAAAGCUCUGAAGCAGAUCGGAGCUUAUCCUGAUGCUGAGAAGGCGAAGGAUAGCCAAGCGAUUCGACCUGGCAAAGGAAAAAUGAGAAAUCGUCGAUACAUUUCUCGGAAAGGUCCUCUGAUUGUGUAUGGAACCGAAGGAUCGAAGCUUGUGAAGGCUUUCAGGAACAUUCCUGGUGUUGAGAUCGCCAAUGUUGAGCGUCUCAAUCUUCUCAAGCUCGCACCUGGUGGUCACGUUGGACGAUUCGUUAUCUGGACUAAAUCUGCAUUCGAGAAGUUGGAUUCGGUCUAUGGAUCGUUCGAGAAGCCUUCGGAGAAGAAGAAGGGGUACGUGUUGCCUAGAGCGAAGAUGGUGAAUGCGGAUUUGACUAGGAUUAUUAACUCGGAUGAGGUUCAGUCAGUGGUGCGGCCGAUCAAGAAGGAGGUGAAGAGGGCUCCAAUGAAGAAGAAUCCUCUGAAGAAUUUGAACACCAUGUUGAAGCUGAAUCCGUAUGCUAAGACUGCGAAGAGAAUGGCGCUUUUGGCUGAGGCUCAGCGCUUGAAGUCUAAGAAGGAGAAGCUUGAUAAGAAGAGGAAGCAAAUUUCUAAGGAAGAGGUUACCAAAAGCAAGUCUGCAGGAAAGGCAUGGUACCAGACUAUGAUCUCCGACAGCGAUUACACCGAGUUUGAAAACUUCUCAAAGUGGUUGGGAGUCUCCCAGUGAGAUUUUUUUGUCUUUGAGUUUUCUCUUAGGUAUACUAUCUUUAUCUAAUUGUUUUGUUUCAAGAGGAGUUAAUUUGCUUUUUGUGGCAGUUUUGAGACGAGAAUUGAGUUUGGUGGGUUAUGUUUUAUGACAAGAUGGAUGGAUUUUUCAUUUUAGCAGAUCUGGAAUCAAAAUUUUACAAAUUGUAGUCUCUUACUUAAGAACGGUUUGUUAGUA